AUGAAGCGGACACUCCUCCGUGGAGAGAUCUCCUAUUCUUCGGCCAAAGAUAAGGAGGUCAAUAUUCUUCACAGACUUGAAUACCCAGAGAAGCAGAAUCAGUUCAUUACAGAUCUUGUCAACAGAGAGCAAUGGAUAAAGGGGGUCGUUGCUCACCAUCUGAAUAUUACUUCUGCGAAAUGUCAUGUCGCAGAUCCACAUGGAUGGCUCUGGGGCAGCUUCAAUCUGUGUAUCCCAGUUACUAUCCAUAAUUGGAUAAGGGAGCAACCAGGGAAUCGAGUACUUCUCCGACUACCACUUCCAUACAAAGUCGGCGAAUCAUUUCGGCCUGGUAAUAUGGAUGAAAAAAUACGAUGUGAGGCAAGCACAUAUGCAUGGCUAGAAGAGAACCAUCCACACAUCCCUAUUCCGAGACUUUAUGGAUUUUCACUAUCAUCAGGUGAAUCAUUUACUACUAGAAAAAACUUGCCAUUCUUCUUGAGAUACUACCAAUAUAUACGUCGCCAGUUAUACCUGUGGGCAAGCAAAUUUAUUGGGUCAAUAUCUAUUAUUCCAUCCGCCUAUAUUCGCCAUCAGCCUCCCGCUAUUAGUCCUUCAUCCGAUCUGGCAUACCUUCUGAUAGAAUAUAUUGAGCCGAAUCAAGGGACAAUGCUAUCAAAUACCUGGCAAACACACUCGAAUAAUGUGGCUUUGCGAACUACACUUUUUCGAAGUCUUGCCCAUAUCUUACUAAGUUUUGCUCGAGUUCCUUUACCAUGUAUUGGCUCAUUUACCAUCGAUAAUAAUGGAUUUAUCUCAUUAUCAAAUCGACCUUUAACCCUCGAAAUCCAAGAACUCGAGAAUGAGCGGAUCCCUAUUGAUAUACCCCGUGAUUAUACCUAUCAGACUUCAGACUCAUAUAUCACUGAUAUUGUGAGCCUUCAUGAUAACCGCCUUCUUUAUCAGCCAAAUGCUAUUAAUAACGGUUCGGACUAUAUUCAACAGAUAGCAACACUAUCAGGAAUACGCAUUUCUAUCCCUUUCUUCUUUAGUCGAGAAUUACGCCGAGGACCAUUUAUAUUUUCUCUGACUGACCUCCAUCAGAGUAAUAUAUUUGUUGAUCAGCAGUGGAAUAUCACCUCUCUUGUUGAUCUUGAAUGGGGAUGCUCACUGCCUGUUGAAAUGAUUCAUCCGCCGUAUUGGCUUACAAGUGAGUUUGCCGAUGCUAUCGAUGAGGACGAGUAUAAGAAGAUGUGGACAGAGUUUGUCCGUAUCUUAGCUCAAGAGGAAGAGUCUGCUACGAAACAACAGCAUAAUUAUAGCAUGAAUAACACUCGACUGUCAACAAUAAUGACGAAAACAUGGGAAAUGGGUACAUUAUGGUAUUCACUUGCUCUCCGAAGUCCUGCUGCUAUCUUCCGCUUAUUCCUUGAUCGAAUCCAAACAAAACUUGGAAAGGAUAAUUAUAGCAAUGAGGAAUAUGGCCUUGUAAUGGCGUUCCAGUGGAGAUCGGGUAUCGGGAAUAUUCUCGCUCAAAAGAUAAAGGAUAGGGAGGCCUAUGAUGCUGAUCUUCGGCGAGCUUUUCUUCCAUCAGAAACCUCAGACCCUUAG